AGUAAGCGAGAGUUAAUGGAGGUAUAGAGAGAUAGAAGAGAGAGAAAGCUGUUCUCGUGAAGCAGCUGAUGCUGGUGAACUCAAGAGGCUUUGCUUUUCCUUCGCCUCUCUCUCUCUCUUCUCCUCGGUCAAGCCGGUCCUUCAUUUCUCUCUCAAAAAAAAAAAAAACUGGUUUCUCUCUCUCUCUCUAACUCACAUUCAUUCAUCCUUUUGCUUCACCCUUUUAAAUUCACGAGAUCCCCAUCUAUUCCUCUCUUUCCCUCUCUUCAUGUCUGCUUCCAAUACAUCUCUCUCGUUUUAUCUUCUUCCUCUAUGAUUCUAGUACAUAUUAAUACAAUUUAGCACAAUUAUACAUACACAAACAAACACACACAUUUAUAUUAUAUUUAUAAAUAUAUAGAGAGAGAGGGAGAAGCAAAAUGUCGUCAUUUUCCGGUAAACCUACGUCGGAGCUAGGGUUAGAAGCGCUCUCCAAUGGGCUGAGAAAUACGUUGACUAUUUACAAAGAGGAAAACGGCGUUAAUGUAAACAAACCGGACUUCCGAGAACUCGAAACGGGCUCGCCCGUUUCACCGCUCCGGACCCGGCCCGGCAGCGGGCAGGCCGCCACCACUACCAGCAGCAGCUCCAGCUCCUCCGGCUCUGUUUCGGGCCGGGCUUCUGCCGGGCCCAUCCCCCAAAAGCCCAAUUCCAGCCACUCCGGCGAGCUCUCCGUCGAGAGCUCGCCCUCCACGGCCCGAAACAUCAGGUCCGGCCACACCCGCUCCCGCUCCUGCGGCUCCCACCAUCUGAUUUUCUCCGGUUCCGUCAGCUCCCCGCCGCCCGCGAACGUGGCGCCCACCGGCAACAUCUGCCCCUCGGGCCGGAUCCUGAAAACCGCCAUGGCGGCCCGGCCCGCGAAGCCCGACGUUCUUGGGUCCGGGGGGCGCUACGGCCACGGCAGCAUAAUGCGGGGUGGGCUCGCGUCAAAACCGGGCCAGGACGGUGGGCCCGCGGGCUUUUCGAGAGGGCUAAUGGUCGGCGGCGAGCCGGCGAAGAAAGCCGGGUUGCGAGGCAAUAAUGAUCCGGAGGAAUUGAAGAGAAUUGGAAAUGAUUGCUACAAAAACGGCCAUUUCGCGGAGGCGUUGAGUCUCUACGACAAGGCAAUCGCGAUGUCGCCUAGCAAUGCGGCAUACCAUUUCAACCGCGCCGCCGCGCUGAUGGGGCUCCGGCGCUUUGUGGAGGCGGUGAGGGAAUGUGAGGAGGCGAUUAGGUUGGAUCCGGGGUAUGUUAAGGCGCAUCACCGAUUGGGGUCUUUGCUUCUAAGUUUAGGACAGGUCGAGAGUGCUAGGAAGUACAUUUGUUUUUCGGGGCACCAACUGGAUCCCGUUGAGAUGCAGAAGUUGCAGUUGGUCGAGAAGCAUCUGAGUAGAUGCAACGAAGCCCGGAGAGUUGGCGACUGGAGAGGCACAUUGAGGGAAGCUGAUGCUGCCAUUGCUUCUGGAGCUGAUGCUUCGCCUCAGCUGUGUGCGUGUAGGGCAGAAGCUCUAUUGAAGCUCCACCAACUAGAUGAUGCUUUCUCAGCUCAUUCGAACAUUCUGAUAUCCGAACCGUCUAUCAAUCUCAAUCCGUCACUCAAGAUUUUUGGGAUGCUUUUAGAAGCGUAUCUGCUCUUCGUUAGAACUCAAGUCGAGUUGGCAAGAGGAAGGUACGAUAGUGCUCUUACAGCCAUUGAGAAAGCUGGGAAGAUAGACCCUCAUAAUGCUGAAAUGUCGAAGCUUCUCAACACCGUGAGGUUGGUGUGUCGAGCUCGUGCUCGUGGGAAUGAUCUUUUCAAGUCGGAAAGGUUCACCGAGGCCUGCUCAGCAUAUGGGGAAGGCCUCAGACUUGACCCUUCUAAUUCCGUACUCUACUGCAAUCGAGCAGCUUGUUGGUUCAAGCUCGGUCAGUGGGAACGAUCAGUAGACGAUUGCAAUCAAGCUCUUCGUAUCCAGCCGACUUACCUCAAAGCUCUACUACGAAGGGCUUCGUCUAACAGCAAGCUUGAACGCUGGAGUGAAGCUGUGAGAGAUUACGAGGUCUUGAGAAGGGAACUCCCGGAUGACAAUGAAGUUGCAGAAUCUCUAUUUCACGCCCAAGUUGCACUGAAGAAAUCACGCGGAGAAGAUGUGUACAACAUGAAAUUUGGUGGAGACGUGGAGUCCGUUUCUGGCCUCGAGCAGUUCAGAGCUGCAAUUUCAUCGUCUGGUGCAUCGGUUGUCCAUUUCAGAUUAGGGACCAAUCUACAAUGCAAGCACAUAUCUCCGUACGUAGACACAUUAUGCAGCCGGUAUCCUUCAAUCAAUUUUCUCCAGGUGGAUAUCGAAGAGGGCCAUGCCAUUGCACACGCGGAGAAUGUUAGAAUAGUCCCGACUUUCAAGAUAUACAAAAAGGGGAUCCGGGUGAAGGAAAUGGUGUGCCCGAGUCCAGAAGUUCUAGAAUCAUCGGUGAGGCAUUACAGUAUUUAGAGGUUCAUGGAUAUUCAACUCUUGUCUGCCUGUGUAUGGUGCUCUCUUCCUCAUCCAUCCCAAACCACCACCCUUACCUCAACCCAUCACUACCCGUGGCCUAACUAGAGCCCGUUGCAAGAUGAAAAAGAUCCGCAGGGACCGGCCAUAUAAGCCAAAUGCCACCAGAAUCCAGUCAAAACUACACAUAGCAUAGUUGUUCCCUUUUGCUUGUUUUCAUUCAUUCAUUCAUUCGUCUCGUUCCAUCUUCCACCACUCUCUUCCUCGUGUCGUAUAAACUUGUUUGGAGAUUGUGCCUUACUAUAUUCCUAUAGGCUGGUGAUUAUUUGGUGAGGGAAGGAGAGAAAUGUACAUGCAUAUAUGAAGAGAGAGAGAGAGAUAUAUACACACACAAUGCAGGCGCCCAUUGAAGGAAAUGGUUCUGGUUGGUAUGAUAUCUUUUGGUUUGUAACAAGGAAGAUGAAUACGAUAUAUCGCUGUCCCAUUUUUUAUUUUAAUUUCUUUUGAAACUAUUAAAUCAAUAAAAUUUGUUAAAUUCUUUCUCCAUUUUUUCAGCAUUCUUGUAAUGAUCUUGUACAAGACAAGACCACUGGUUAUUUGGAUUAGUUUCUCUUUUGUUAUUUUUAA